UCACGUUUUAUUGGCGAUACAUGAAAUAUCGUGUCACACGGUGCAAGAUUAACCGUGUUUAUUCACACUUGCGCAAACAUUCGCGUUGGUGUCGCUGUGUAUUUGUUGCGCAGUAAAGCGACACCCACGGAAGUGACCAAGAUGGGGAAGAAUUGACGACGUACUUUGGAAUGACGCAAUGUCCCAGCGCCUGACAACACGCAGCGAGUGAUUCAUUUUGUGGUGGAGAAGAUGGCUAGUCUGCUCAUUCACAAAGAUAAACAUGACUCUCGCUCGGAUACACGUUAACGUAUGUUAGUUUACGCUAAUAAAUACUCCUGUUUGUGUUGCACCACGCCACGGUCCGACCAUGAAGUUGCUCCAUAAAGACAUUGAAAAAGAUAAUGCCGGUCAGGUGACUCUGAUGCCAGAGGAGGCAGAGGAUAUGUGGCACACCUACAACCUGCUGCAAGUGGGGGACAGCCUGAGAGCCUCCACCAUCAGGAAGGUGCAGACAGAGUCCCAGACUGGAAGUGUGGGCAGCUCCAGAGUUCGGACUACUCUGACUUUAUGUGUGGAGACUAUCGACUUCGACUCCCAGGCCUGCCAGCUGAGAGUAAAGGGCACUAACUUAGAGGAGAACCAGUAUGUCAAGAUGGGGGCUUAUCACACUAUUGAGCUUGAGCUCAACAGGAAGUUCACUUUGGCUAAGAAGAGCUGGGACAGCGUUGUGCUGGAUAGAAUCGAGCAGGCAUGUGACGCAACCCAGAAGGCAGACGUGGCAGCUGUGGUAAUGCAGGAGGGUCUGGCCAACCUGGUGCUGGUGACCCCCGCCAUGACUCUGCUCCGUGCGAAAGUUGAGGUCACCAUCCCUCGCAAAAGAAGGGGAAGCUGCACUCAGCACGAGAAGGCGCUGGAGAGGUUCUAUGAGGCCGUGAUGCAGGCGAUUCUUCGACACAUUAAUUUUGACGUGGUGAAGUGCAUCCUGGUUGCCAGUCCAGGGUUUGUGAAGGACCAGUUUAUCACCUACCUCUUUAGAGAGGCGGUGCGACAUGACAACAAGAUCCUGCUGGAGAAUCGACCCAAAUUCAUGCUGGUCCAUUCCUCAUCAGGUCACAAGUACUCACUCAAAGAAAUCCUUUCUGAUCCCACUGUGACAAACAGGCUUUCUGACACCAAGGCAGCAGGAGAGGUGAAAGCCCUGGAAGAUUUCUAUAAGAUGCUCCAGCAUGAGCCUGACCGAGCCUUCUACGGACUGGCUCAUGUGGAGAAAGCUGCUGAAGCCCUCGCCAUCGACACCCUGUUAAUAAGCGAUAAGUUGUUCAGACAUCAGGAUGUCCCCACGAGGAGUCGUUACGUUCGGUUGGUGGACAACGUGAGAGACAACGGCGGCAACGUCAGAAUAUUCUCAAGCCUUCAUGUGUCUGGUGAACAACUGACUCAGCUGAGCGGAGUGGCUGCCAUCUUGCGGUUUCCCAUUGCCGACCUAUCAGAGCCAGAGGACGACAGCAGCUCAGACGACGACUGAUGCACAGAAAUGGACCAGAUGGCUCUUAUUGGGGAAAAAAGGAGAGGAAGCUUGUCCAGUGUUGCAGAUAACACAAGAAUGCAUUGACUCGUGUUAUAAAACAAUAAAGCUGCUGUGUUAUGGGCUAUGUAUUCCACCUCUGCAACAUCCACACCUCUUUCCAGUCUGAUCUACACACCCAUUUUCUUUAAGGGGCAAUCAUUAUCAAGUAAUUUAAUGCAGUUUUUUGGAGCUUUGAUGCUUUUGGUUUGAGGGUCUUUGAAAGGUGUGGGUUUGGUAAAUGCCAGAAAGCAGCUAUAACUUCAUAAGAAUGCCAAUGAAAAGGAAUGUAACAUUUGUUGCCAAGUCCAAAUGAAAACAGUUUAAAUUCUGACAUUUAGCAAUAUAAGAAAACUGUGAUUUUUCUUUGUAGUGUAUAUACAGUAUAUCUCUUGCAAUUAAACAACAGAAGCAUUCAA